CUCACAGUCUAGAAUUCAGUUCAAUUCUAACUCGUCUCAAAGCCGGUUUUGCUUAAAGUAUUAUUGUGUUGUGUUGAUCGUGAAUUCGAGGAAUAAAAUGCGUUUCGCUCUGUUUACUUUCCUUGCACUCUGCUUGUUGGCGUUCGUCCUGGCCAAUCCCGCCAAGGACACCAAGAAGCCGGCAACCAAUGCCUGCAACAGAUCCUGCGGAGACACCUACGAACCUGUUUGCGCCAAGGCCAAGAACAGCAGCAAGGAGCGAUUGAUUAGCUUCGGCAGCAAGUGCGUCAUGGACAACUACAACUGUCAGCACGCCGACGAUCCAUUCGAGAUCAAGUCCAAGGGCGAGUGUGGUGGCGGCGUGAGUGUGCGUCUCUCCUAAUCUAAUGACCAAAUGAAUUAUUAUUAUGCAUUCAAAUAAAAGUACUAUUCUUGUUGAAAAUCGGAAACAGUUUUAUUCAUAAUGUAUACAUAUAUAAUAAUAUUCUACAAGCUUAAAUUUGCACUCGACAACUUCAAAUUUAAUGUGGCUCUAAGCCAGCUCUUUAACUCCCCCAAAACGCAGACAGUCCAUACACACAUCAUUCACAUUCAUACAUCGCUCAGUUAAGAUCAGUUCCAGCAAAUCCACAUCAUGAUUCUAUAUUCCAAACACACUUCGCUCACUCACUGGUCAUAAAUCGCAAGCGUCUAA